GCGUUGCUCGUCGCUGCCACACAGACAUUACAUCUUAAUCCGUGGUUCGAUUCCGAUAUUCGCAAUCGCGAUUUCCAUCAUCGUCCCAUCGAGAUAACUUCUACGUGACUGUUCGUCCCGAUUUCUCGAGCUAUCGAUGCUUUGUCCGUUCCCGAAGAAACCGUCCCUUAUCCUGGCGGGAGGGGAGACCCAUAGCAGCCCUCCUUCCCAGGGGUGUUCUACGCAGAUAAUAUAAAGCGGUCGCGGGGAUUAUCCUGAUCAUUAAGUGUCUUGUGACCUGCUGGCGACGCUGUCCACGACAAAUAGUACCUGUACCUGAUAGAUAACAGCCAGAUCAGAGGAUAAAUCACCGCGUGAUGGGGAUCGAGACUGAACUCGUCAACCAGAAAUACGUCAAUGGCGUUGCCGAAAUUCCAGAAUGUCGUGACCGGUCCGAUCUGGACAAGGAGUACCGGGAUUUCCCAGAGGAGAAAAUCUGGAGCCCGAGAGAGGAAGUGAACAAAUGGGUUCCCCUGUACGUCUUCAUGGCUCGUUCUGUGCUCACGUUCGCCCAAGAGAGCCAGGGUGUUUCCAACAGAGACGCCAUGGAGAACUCCUGUACAGGUUACGCGGAGCAGUACAUCACGGAUGUUCUUCACGACUCGGAGUACCUGCCGGAAGUCGCGUUGAAGACGCUGCUGACGAAAGAGCUGCCGCGGAAGCUCGUUACAAGAUGGACGCCAGAGAACGUCGAGCAUUUCGUGAGUGGGAUUUCGAGGUACGGGAAGAACUUCUCGCGCAUCCAGAAGGAGCUUCUUCCACAGAAGAACACGAAGGACAUCGUGGACUUCUAUUACGCAUGGAAAUGGUCCGAUUCUGCGAAGCAGCUGAGGAAUUGUCGUCGACGUCGUCGUCCCAACGCUAAGCGACGUUUUCCAUCGAUUGGGUGCAUCUUCGGCGAGCUAUCAUCCCCGAAGAUCGUGACUCGCAGCGUGACCGCAGCCACGAGGCUCUCUCUGCAGAAGGGUGACCAAACCCUCAGCGUGGCGAACCUCGCGAAAUCUUCGAGAGUUGUGAGAAAAAGACGGAGUGGUUCGUUGGCUGUUCGAUGAUGCUUUAAUGAUCGCUGUGCCUGGCUCAGGGCUUUCGAGAGUACCGAAUCGACGUCAGCUUUUCGACGUCGAUGAACUUUGCCAUUUUAUGGGAAUUAAUUUUAUACGGUCGAUGUAAAUAUCGUGUUGUAAAUACCUACAGUAUGACGUCGUGGUUAAUGUUUUAGGGAGACUACGAGCUAUUUGAACGCUCUCGAAAUUAGGGUUGAAGCAAAGGGCGAAUUGGUUUUGGA